GCAGAAUCGGCCCCAAUAGAGCAACGAAGAAAUCUUACUUACCUACGAGGAGUUAGAAUUCCGCCGAUUACCAACUACCAUGGCUGACAAAAAAGAGAGCUGUGGUUGCUGUUUGACUACCAAAAAAAAAUGUGACUGCACUGCAAAUUCACAAGACUGCAAAUGCUGCGAUUCAUCCCACGAUAAGUCCACUGCUUGCAAGUGUGGGUCUGACUGCAAGUGCUGCAGCGAUUUCAAGUCCAAGGCCAGUGAUUCGGGGAAGUCUAGCUGCUGCUGCACCAAAUCCGGGAAGUGCAUGUGCUGUCCCGAUUGUGGAGAAAAAUUCACUGCUUGCAAGUGUGGGUCUGGCUGCAAGUGCUGCGGCGAUUGCAAGUCUAAGGCCGGUGAUUUGGGGAAGUCCAGCUGCUGCUGCACCAAAUCCGGGGAUUGCGAGUGCUGCCCUGCUCGUGGAGAAAAAUCCACUGCUUGUAACUGUGGGUCUGACUACAAGUCUAAGACCGGUGCUUCGAAGAAGUCCAGUUGCUGCUGCACCAAAUUCGGAGAUUGCAAGUCCUGCCCUGCUUUUAAAGCUUCCAAAGGGAUUUGUACUUAGGAUGGCCCGAAUGACGCAAUCGUUCUAACUACUUAUGUAAUACGCUCAUACUGUAAUUGAUAUUGGUGUUUUGGUUUCUUUUAUUUUGUACUAUAAUCUUAUGUAUUACAUUGGAGUAAAUAAGACUAUU